GCCGGUACGCGACCAUUUCUGACCACUUGCUUUCCUCAGCAGAUCCUAAGAACUUUUUAACAACUCUCAAAACUUCUUAACAACCGACAUUAACCCGGACAUGGAGCUAUAAUGGUUUUCCACGGUGAGCAACUGGUCGGAGCUGUGGACUUUUUUUCUGCCAGGCUGGAAUAACGCACUCUGCAGUCGGCACUUCAGCAGACAGAGACAGACAGAGAAGACCACAGAGACAACAUGUCUACCAGUGUCAUCAGUCAACCCUGCAAGCAGGAGAGGAAGGGCAGCUUCUUCAAGCUGAUUGACUCGUUUGCCUGGGAACUUGGCACUCUGAAGAAGGAGAUGGGGAAAAAGAUUGAGUCUGCUGACGGAGACCAAAAGACAGAUACACUCCUCGGGCUGGGUGAAGAAGUUGGAGGUCUCUUCCUACAGGCUUCACCCUGUGCUGGGGUCGGGUCAGGACUGGCUGGAGCAAGAGACUCAGGCUACGACUCCCUCCACCGGCGGCUCAGCGUUCUGGACAGGCUGGUCCAUACGCAUGCUGUGUGGCUCCAGUUGGGCCUCAGCCACCAGGAUGCCACACAUAUCCUGCAGAACCAGCCCGCAGGAACAUUCGUGGUGAGGAAGUCAACCAGCCUGCAGAAAAAAGUCCUCUCUAUACGUAUGGACAAAGACUCCACAGUUUCCGUCAAGGAUUUCCCUGUUAAGGAGAGCCAGUACACUUUCUCUUUGGAGGGAUCAGGCCUGAGCUUCGCAGACCUUUUCCGCCUCAUGGCUUUCUGCUGCAUCAGCAGGGAUGUGUUACCUUUUACACUGAAGCUCCCAGAGGCCAUCGCUUCAGCCAAAACGUUUGCUGAUCUUGAGGAGGUUGCUAAACUUGGAGCAGGCUUCUGGGACGCUCAGUUGUGCCACAGGAGGAAGGGCUCAGUGUCAUUGACAGCAGCUCCUGAUCGACCUCCCCCACCUACCCAGAGACCUGUCUCCUUGGCAGCUGCCCCUGGGUGCCCUCGGCUUCGAACACGCACCCCGUCUGAGCUUGAGUGUUGUCAGUCCAACGGAGCACUGUGCUUCAUCAACCCCCUCUUCAUUAAGGUUCACCAGACAGAUGGUGGUGACCAGAGCACCACAGCAAAGCAGGGCCUCAGGGAGGAAUCCAGCAACACAGAAACCACCACGAAGGAAACUCUGCACUCCUGUAGUGACCGUUCUCAGGUGUGUAGCUCAGAUCACAUAGACAGCAGCCCGUCAAGUCAAAGAAAACUGCACAGUCCUGGAAACACAGAGCUACAAGACAAUAACGGACAAACCAGCAGCAGUCAGAAGCUAAGUGCUACAGAAGGUGUGCCUCGGUCCCCACCACCUCGUCCACCUCCGCCUCGAUUUGCCCUGCAGCGCUCAGCCCCUCCUGUCCGACAGCGCAGUAUGCCAGAGAAGAUCUCCUGGAUCAAUGUCCCCAAGGAGAAGGUGGAGGAGAGGGAGAGGGGCAGCCGCCUUUUUCCUCGUCUUGGCUCCUCACUAAGCAUCAGCCCCUCAUCCUCCCCUCCUAAGAGACUCAGCAUCAGUUCCCCCAUUUCUAUCCCCCGCCGAUCCCUGCCCCUGUCCCUGUCAUCUCUGUCCUCCUCUCCACGUCGAUCCAAAGCCUCCCCAUCAUCCAGCCAAGAGGAUGCCCAGUGCCAUUUGGCGCUGGAAGACGAUACUAUUGCGAAGGCCCUCAUUAGGGCCAAAUUGUCUCAGCAAAAUUCUACCAGAGCCUCCACUCAGGACUCCUGCAGUCCUCCAGACCCCUCGCUAAUGACAGUGAGCAAGGCAGGUGGAAAUGAAGAAGCCGGUGAGGAAUGUAGCGGGGGCGGCCAGCGGCUGAGUGACAUGAGCCUUUCCACAGAUUCCUCGGACUCUCUGGAUUUCUCUCAGUCCUCUGCCUUUUUUAUUCCUCCUCUGCAUGACCCCAGCCCCCCCACUGUGGCUGACUUUAACACCCACCUCCCCCUCUCGCUCCCACAAUCCCACCUGUCCUACUGCGGCAUGGAGGAAGAUGAUGAUGAUGAGGAGGACGAAGAUGAAGAGGAACCCGACUAUGGCGUCAGCCUCGAGAGCGAUCAGGACCAAGACCAGGACCUAACCAUGGUGCCACCUGGGCACCGCACGAAGCGUCGUCCCAGUGCCAGCGCCUUGGUCCUCCAGAAGGCCCUACGAGGACAUCUGCGCAAGAUGAGCGGCGUUUUCAAUUCGCUGCUGACACCUGAGAAGAGAGCGAUCCGCAGGGUGCUGGAGUUGUCAAGGGAUAAAGGUUCCUACUUUGGCUCCCUGGUGCAGGACUAUGUGAGCUACAUGGGCGAGGGUGCUGGCACCCAGGCCUGGCAGGGAUAUGCCUCUGGACUGGAGCUGCUACAGACUCUCCGGCAGUUUAUCACUCAAAUGAAGAGCUACUUGCGACAGAGCUCUGAGAUGGAGCCACCAAUUGAGAGCCUCAUCCCCGAAGACCAGAUUGACCGAGUCCUGGAAAAGGCCAUGCACAAGUGUGUCCUGAAGCCCCUCAAACCGGUGGUAAGCGCAGCCCUGCAAGAGUUCCAGGUGCGCAGCGGAGCGUGGCAGGAGCUGAAGGAGAACCUGUCAUUGGCCAAGGCCCGGCAUCCGCAGGAAAUGGGGGUGGCUGACACGCUGCCUCCAGACCCUGUGGCCAUCGAGAAGAUCAAGCACAAGUUCCACACCAUGUGUAAACUGUACUCCCCAGAGAAGAAGGUCACCAUGCUGCUGAGGGUCUGCAAGCUCAUUUACACCAUCAUGGAGGACAAUUCAGGUCGUCUGUAUGGUGCUGACGACUUUCUGCCCAUGCUGACCUACGUGUUGGCCCAGUGUGACAUGCCUCAGCUGGACAAUGAGAUACUUUACAUGAUGGAGCUUCUGGACCCCUCACUGCUCCAUGGAGAAGGUGGCUACUACCUGACCAGUGCAUAUGGAGCAAUGUCCCUGAUCAGGAACUUCCAGGAGGAGCAGGCAGCCAGAGUGCUGAGCUCUGAAACAAGAGACACACUCCACCAGUGGCACCGUCGACGCACCACCCAGCGCUCUGCACCGUCCAUUGAUGACUUCCAGAACUACCUGCGGGUGGCGCUGCAAGAGCUCGACAGCGGCUGCACUGCCAAGACUCUGCAGGUCCGACCUUAUGCCACCGUGGAGGAGGUGUGCCAGCUGUGCGCCCACAAGUUUAAAGUGUCCGACCCUGAGAAUUAUGGCCUGUUCCUGCUGAUGGAGGGCAACAGCCAGCAGCUGGCCCCGGACACCCACCCUCAGAAGAUAAAGGCGGAGCUCCACAGCCGCGCAGAGGCCGCUCCCUUCCACUUUGUUUUCCGCCGUGUGGCCAACAGCAGCACCCAGUCGUCAGCUCACCUCGAUACUACACCCAACCUCAAUGACCUCAGCUUGACCUCUGACCCUCAGGCCAACCUGAAUGUCCUCAACACGGACCUGUCACCCGCCUCUUCCCAACCCAGUGUUGGCUUAGGCCUCAGCCCAUCCCUGAGUUUCAGCCUGCCGCCCAAUCACCUCGACAGCAGCUCCAUCUCCAUAUGACUGUAGCAGCAAGUGAAGCCUGAACAGACUCUUUGUCUCACAGUUGCCACAGUAUCUCCCAUUCUCUCUAACAAACACAGUUCAUGAGCCAUAAAUGGGGCAACAUGUUGAAAGGGUUCAGCUGGGCAACAUGCUGUGCCGUGCCAGUCUUUACAAAGCCUGACUUCUCCUUUUAGAUGACACGUCUGUCUCAGUCAACAUCCCCUCACUGGAAAGUUCUGUCUGACAGACACGACUGAAAGAGGAAAAGAAGAAAGGAGGGAAGGAAAUGAGAAAGAUGCAGUUAUUUUUACUUUGUUGCUUCUGGAUUUGGCAUCAGAGCAACACUUCAGUGAACACAGCUCUAAGAGUCUAAACACAGAUGAAAGUGUUGACAGGCUUGUCUUCACGCUGCUGCUUCACUGUUGAUGCUACCUUUAGGGUACAUGGAGGGAAAUCUGAUCUCAAACACACAUGAGACUAACGUUUGAUCAGUCACUUUACGUAUCCAUAUAGUUUAUUUAGGUGAUAGAAGGAAAUUUUAUUUUUUACAGUUGCUGGUAAACUGUUAGCUUGUUGUUUGUGUUUUUAAAUGAGUAAUCCUUUUGAUUGUGUGUUUCCAUGGAUUUGGUGGCACCCAGUGGUGAAUCAUGCACAUAGCAAUGUCAUUUUUCCAAAGGUUCCAUUUAAAGUAACAGUUCUGGGGUCCGGUUUCACUAAACCUGCUUUGUGAAACGGACCUCUGGUCAUUUGGGGGAAACAAAACAUUUUAUAGCAACAACCUUAUUAAGAGGACAUGUAUAUACAAUAAAAGACACUAUAAAGUGCCGUAACUUACUGAAAUGUUGGUUUCUUUACUCUAUUGACCCACAUUAGAAGGUAAUAUUGAAUCGGUGCUGUGGCUACAUUAGACACUAGCGGAGUCCAGUUCAUGGUUUCUGCAUCCCUGCGUGCUGAACUGAUGCAGACGUAGUUCUAUUCAUACUGCAAUAGGUCGCUGUAGGUCUGACACUCGCUGUAAUGGCUGUAGCACUGUGUCAGGUAAUAUUCCUGAGGUAUGUCAAGCACAGUAGGUGGACAUAGCACAGAAGUUCUGAAGAUUUUAGAACCUGCCACUGUGCUUGAUCAAAGUUUCUCCAAAGUCCAACAGCAACAACUUCAAUUCCAACUUUUUAAAUGAUGAAUUAUAACAAUGUGGAUGGUUCUCAGACAGUUGCUCCUCUAAACAAGCAUUUUUUGAUACCGCAAAAGCUUACCUUGCACAUAUGCAUUCCACAUAUUUUGGCCUGCACGCAGACAUGUAUGGACCCUCACAGACUUGGGUGAAUGAUAACAUCAUGUGGACCCUCGCUGAUGCAGAAAGCAUGAACUGGACUUUUAACACCAACAGAUUUCACUUCAUCCUUCCAGCAAGUAGCGUUUCUUGUGCAUACAGCUGCAUAUCUUCAGGAAUAUCCCAACAUUAUCACUGAAAUUUGAAAUAAGAACAAGUGCCUACACAGGGAUCAAUACUUUUGCUAAAGAUGUUAGUAAAAAGAAAAAACAGUAUAAAACCUUUUCUAUGAUCAUCUUAAGGAUUAACAUUGUAAUAUGUAGUGAAAUUUUGUUCUUGCAUGUAGUUUGUGUUUAAUGUCAGAAACAGGCACGUCUGCCAGUGUUGAUGUAUUUACGGAGUAUCCUGGCGAUAUGAAUAAGACUGUUAGAUACCAGAUGGAUGUUGCUUGUUAUCUUCUCCACUUAGAUGGACAACAUGGGAUGGAGGAACAGUGGCUGGCUGCCCUUUCUCACUUUUGACAAGGACUACUACUGACAAAGGUUUAUAUCCUGGUGAGAAAAAAGGAUGAUGUAAUGGUCAGUUACAAGACGGUUGUGUGGACCUCUAAGCUGGUCUGAGGCGCCACACAGUCAGACAUGCUGAUAUUAGAAAGUUAGGUGACGAUAACAGGAGAGGGAAGAGUACCGAGACGGAUCCGCGUUGAGUGUGAUACUGACAUAAAUACUUGAAUUUUAACAGUUUCAGUAGUUGGAAAAUGAAAUUCUCGUGCUGUUUGUUUAUUGAAUAAACUGAACUGUAUCACUCCAUUCAUUCCUGUUUUGCGUAAGGAAGAAAUGUUCAUGUGUGAGGCGAUGUCAGUGCAGAGAGAAGUGAAAGUAACGUGGCUGAAGGAAAAGCAAGAGCCGUCAGUUGAGUCGCAUUAAUGCCGUGUAUGGUGUGUAUAUAACCUGUACGGAGCUCAUCUUACAUAUCUCUGGGAGCCAAGUGUUCAAAGUUUUAAUUCACACGUACUGCCGUGUUAUUGUAAUCUAACUUUCUUUAACUAAGUGAGUAUUUAUAUGUCUCUGUGCGGGGAUUUUUCACAGACGGCUUUUCCAUGUCUAAAAUAUUCUUGGUGGUGUCACAAUGUCAUUUGCAUCCAUCUGUCAUUGAUAUCAUAAAUAUUCUUUUGCACUUAAUAAAUGUUGGAAAUGGAAUUACA